AUGGUUGUCAAAGUUGGUAUCAACGGUUUCGGUCGUAUUGGACGUCUCGUUCUCCGUGCUUCUUUGCUUAUCCCUGAAAUCCAGGUUGUGGCUUUGAAUGAUCCUUUCUUGGACCCUGAAUAUAUGGUUUAUCUUUUCAAAUAUGAUUCCACCCACGGCCGUUUCAAAGGUCAAGUUGAAGUAAAAAAUGGGAAAUUCGUACUUAAUGGUCGAGAACUUACCGUCUUUACGGAAAAAAAUCCUGCUGAUAUUAAAUGGGGUGAAGUUGGUGCUGAAUACGUAGUUGAAUCAACUGGUAUAUUCACAACUAUUGAAAAGGCCUCAGCUCACUUGAAAGCCAAAAAGGUCGUUAUCACUGCGCCCAGCUCUGACGCUCCGAUGUUCGUGUGUGGCGUCAAUUUGGAUGCUUACAAACCCGAAUACAAUGUGAUAUCUAAUGCUUCUUGUACUACAAAUUGCUUAGCACCGCUAGCAAAAGUUAUCCAUGACAAAUUUGGUAUUCUUGAAGGUUUGAUGACCACAGUUCAUGCCACUACAGCCACUCAAAAGACCGUUGAUGCUCCAUCUGCCAAGGAUUGGAGAGGUGGAAGAGGUGCAGCCCAAAACAUCAUUCCUAGUUCUACUGGCGCAGCGAAAGCCGUUGGGAAAGUUAUUCCAUCUUUGGAUAAAAAACUUACUGGUAUGGCUUUCCGAAUUCCCACAGCCGAUGUCUCAGUUGUUGAUUUAACAGUUCGUUUGUCGAAAGAGACCUCCUAUGAUGAAAUCAAAUCAGUUAUCAAGGCAGCUUCUGAAAACGAGUUAAAAGGAAUCCUUGCUUAUACUGAAGAUGAUGUCGUAUCCGCAGAUUUCAUUGGUGAUACUCAUUCCAGUACUUUUGAUGCCAAAGCCGGUAUCCAAUUAAGCCCCACAUUUGUCAAACUAAUAGCGUGGUAUGAUAACGAAUUUGGUUAUUCUCUUCGUGUUGUCGAUUUGAUUGCUCAUAUUGCCAAGGUUGAUGCUGCAUGUUAA